AAUAUAUUAUAACACACACACACACCACUGCAGGCUCACACAGCUCCAUCCAUAGAUAUUGAGAAAAAAGAGAGAGAAAAAAAACUAUACACAAAAAAGCAACACAAGAACCAAUCCUCACCCUUCACAUAUUUCCCAAACUAGCUUUCCUUUUUCCCUAGCUAGAGACCCUCCAUCUCUCCUUAUUAGUUUUCUUCAAGUUAAUUUCUUAAUUUGGAACCAUAUAUAAUUAUAUAUAUCUUCUUCUCUCUUCUUUUAUCUUUUUUUCUCUCCAGCUCUCUUUAUUAUAUCUUGAUCACUAAUUCACUACUACUACUACUAGCUAGAACUACUGUCUCAUCCAUACGUAUCUUUUUUUAUUUUUCUUUCUUUUUAGUAGAUCUUAUUACUAGCUAGGUUAAAUCUGUCAUAAAGAUCUACUAAGAGAUAGAGAAGCAAAAUUGUUUGCUUUCUGGCUUGAUUUUGAUCAAAAUUUUCUGAUAUCAUGGCGAAUAAUCGUUGGUGGGGUGGACAAAUGGGUCUGCAGGGUGUAGUUGAAACCUCAACAAGCUCAUCUCCAAUGAAGAAACCAGAUCUGGGUAUCUCCAUGGGCAACAUCGCCGCCGGUGGUAACGACGACGAGGACGAAAGAGAGAACAGCGACGAGCCCAGAGAAGGAGCCAUCGAAGUCGGUAACCGAAGGCCAAGGGGCCGACCACCGGGAUCCAAAAACAAGCCCAAACCACCCAUAUUCGUCACCAGAGACAGCCCAAACGCCCUCCGCAGCCACGUCAUGGAGAUAGCCAACGGCGCCGACAUAGCCGAGAGCGUCGCUCACUUUGCUCGCCGCCGCGCGAGAGGGGUCUGUGUUCUCAGCGGAAGCGGCACCGUCACCAACGUCACGCUCCGUCAACCCUCGGCACCUAGCUCAGUUAUGGCUCUACACGGCCGCUUCGAGAUUCUGUCACUGACCGGAGCCUUCCUGCCCGGACCGGCUCCACCCGGGUCGACCGGACUGACUAUAUACCUGGCCGGAGGGCAGGGCCAGGUGGUGGGGGGAAGCGUGGUGGGCCCUCUCCAGGCUUCGGGCCCUGUAAUGGUGAUAGCGGCCACGUUUUCCAACGCAACUUAUGAGAGGUUGCCCUUGGAGGAGCAAGAAGAGGAAGCCGGCGGCGGUGGCGGAGUUGGAGGAGGUGGGUCUCCACCGGGGAUUGGUGGGGCCCAGCAGCAGCAAGGUGGCGGUGGCGGUGGGAUGCAAGGCGACCCAUCUGCGGCGGCGGCUUCGUCAGUGUAUAAUUUGGCGCCGAAUUUGCUUCCAAACGGUGGACAGUUGAAUCAUGAUCAAGCUUUUCCUUGGGCUCAUCGUGCUCCUUAUUAGUUAAUAAUAAUUAAAAGAAGAAGAAGAAAAUAUUAUUAGAACUUAUCAUCAAUUAAAUAUAUUUGAAUGAUUUUAGUUUAGAGAGAGAUGAAGACGAUCGAUCGAGACGAGGAAUAUCAUCAAGAGGAGGACCAUAAAUUAUAAGGUGCAUU